CGCGAGCCCGUUGAUUGGCUGAACCUCGUUUUCCAUAGAUUGAAUCUCUCGGGCCCAGGGUCGCGAACGUUGGAAAGCCAAAUCAUGUUCGGGAUCCAGGGGUUGUGGUAGUAUCAGUUAUUGAUGUCGAGAAAUGGACAAUAGUCAUUCUAUUUUAGCGGACAAUAAAGACCGAGUUCGAGUUCGACCUCCGGAGAGAUCUGCUUUUCCCCGCUUCAAAAGUCCCAUUCCUCUCGUCUUUCCAUUCUUUUUCCACCACUUCCAUUCUCCAAGUCACCGCCAUACACUCUUCCAACUCACCACUGCCCCCCCUUUAAUCCCCUGCUUUUUCUUUCCCCCACCAACCCAUCUCAAUUAUCUCCAAACCUCUCUUUCUCCCUUGAAUUUCUGAAUUCAUUGGCCUUUGUCGCAGUAUUCCGUUGAGCAAAUCCUCGCAGUGCGAGGACGGCACUCCUUUUCAUCGCUCUGGUCGCUCUGCCACCGAACAGGAACAGGAGCCACUAGCUUCGAGGGAGCCUCAGGAGGUCUCGGCGCGCCCAAUCCACUUUCCUCGCUCUUUCGCGUCCCUAAUUCCUGAAAGAUGGCCUCGUACGGCAAUGGCACCAUGUACUCACCGGACCAGUUUAUGAACCCGGGGCCGGCUCCCCGCCCCCCGACUGAUCGUCCCAAGUUGACGCUCCCCACCAACAACAAUGUCGCGACUUCGUUCGGCCAGAUGUCGAUUAAUUCUCCUAGUACGCCGGGCCCCGGCGGCAAUCUCUCCUUGUUCCCCAAUACCAGCACCCCCAGUUUGGCCCGCGCCCAGACGGGCGGUAGCGGUGGCCUCCAAAUCAUCAAAGAAGGCUACGUGCGUUGCAAGGAAGACAAAUUUUUGGCCACCUGGAAUCAGCGCUACCUAGUCCUGCGCGACUUCAAGAUUGAUUUCUUAAAGAGCGAGUCUGGCAAAGUGGUUUUGUCAUUCCCCCUCGCGACCGUCACCGCCGUCGCAAGAUCCGAGGAAUCGAAAAUGGCCUUCGAGGUCACACGCCUGGCCAACCCUAAGGACGCCGCUUCCAAGACUGCGAUGAUAACCCGGGAUGUUCCCACCAAGACCAUUACCUGCGAGGUAAAAUCCGACGAUGAGAUCUAUGAGUGGAUUGAUAAGAUCUAUGAGCGCUGCCCUGGCAUGGGCGGUGUCAGCAACCCGACCAAUUUCAGCCACCGCGUCCAUGUCGGCUUUGAUCCGCAGACUGGCGCGUUCGUGGGCUUGCCUCCAGAAUGGGAGAAGCUGCUGACCGCCUCUGCAAUCACCAAGGAGGAUUACAAGAAGAAUCCCCAGGCCGUGAUCGAGGUCCUCGAGUUCUACUCGGAUAUCAAGAUGCGGGAACAAAACCCGCAAUACUAUGCUGGUAUGAGUGGUCCUGGAGGAGCGCAGCCGAAGCCCCUGGGUAGCAACGCAGUGGGCAACUCGAUUGCCCCUCCGCGCCCUCCACCUCCGGGCCCCCUGCAGCGUCUCGACAGCGGCCAAUCAAAGGGCUCCAUGGAUAGCUCGAUGCGUUCUGCUACAUCUUCCCCCGGCCAGCUAGGUCCGGAGUCUGACCGUGCGGCCGAACAGCAGCAGCAAUUGGAGCGGAUGAAGCAGUUGGCAGAGCAAGAGCGUCGUCGUGUAGAAGAAGAGCAGCGCCGUAAGGAAGAUGCUGCGUACAACGCAUCCAUCCCUCAGACCCGCGUUCCAUUGGCCAAGCAGGAGAUUGGUGGCUACGGCGGUUCGGAUCCCUCGAUGAACAGCCGUUACCAGCCCAGUCGUCCGGCUCCCCAGGCACCCGGCUCGGGGGCUCGUGCCCCCGGAGGUCAACCACUUACGGCUCAACGACCUGCGCCCGCUCCUCCUUCGCAGAGUCCCUAUGGGCAAGGCUCUACCCGUACUCCUGCCGGCGGCAGCUCUCGCGACGAUACUCAAGGCUCCCCCUCCCGCUAUGCUCCCAAUGACCCUCGCGCACAGACAUCAUCCAGUCGUCAGCCCCAAGCCAAUGGCAGCAAGGGCCAGCAAGGGCCUCCACCGAGCCGCCUGCCUGCUCCGGUCCAGGCUGUGAAGCCACUCAACAUUGCCAACAAGCAGCCCGGCACGAAGCAGCAGGCUGUUCCGGAUGGUGUUCGCCAGGCCGAGGCCGCUCUCACCAAGAAGCCCGAGCCGAGCAGCAAGAAGGAGGUUCGCAUGUCGGCCAUGAGUGAGAAUGAGGUGAUGGAUCGUCUGCGGUCAGUGGUGUCCAAGGACAACCCCAACGAAUCGUACAGCAAGCAGCGUAAGAUUGGUCAGGGUGCCUCCGGAUCCGUGUACGUGGCUCGGGUUAAGGAGGGUGCGACAUCGCCCGUCGCGCACGAGCUGUACCGCCAGUACGGCCCUCGAUGCCAGGUGGCUAUUAAGCAGAUGGAUCUGCGGAGCCAGCCUCGCAAGGAGCUGAUUGUGAAUGAAAUUAUUGUGAUGAAGGAUAGUCAACAUGCCAAUAUUGUCAACUUUUUGGAUUCAUUCUUGCAGGAGUCGAGCAAUGAGCUCUGGGUUGUGAUGGAGUUUAUGGAGGGUGGUGCUUUGACGGACGUCAUCGAUAACAACCAGGUGAUUACUGAGAACCAGAUUGCGACUAUCUGCCAUGAGACUUGCAAGGGACUGGCGCAUCUCCACAGCCAGAAUAUCAUUCACCGCGACAUUAAGAGUGACAACGUCUUGCUCGACCGGGUCGGCCACGUUAAGAUCACCGACUUUGGUUUCUGUGCCAAGUUGACCGAGUCAAAGAGCAAGCGUGCCACUAUGGUUGGCACCCCCUACUGGAUGGCGCCCGAGGUGGUCAAGCAAAAGGAAUAUGGACCCAAGGUCGACUGUUGGUCUUUGGGUAUCAUGGCCAUUGAGAUGAUCGAGUCCGAGCCUCCAUAUCUCAACGAGGAGCCUCUCAAGGCUCUGUACUUGAUUGCCACCAACGGCACGCCCCGAUUGAAGAAGCCGGAGAAGUUGAGCAAGGAGCUCAAGGCCUUCCUCAGCGUGUGUCUUUGCGUAGACGUCCGCAGCCGUGCUACUGCCGACGAGCUGUUGGCUCACGAGUUCCUCCAGACUGGUUGCAGCCUUGCCAGUCUGGCCGAGCUACUGCGUUGGAAAAAGGCCAACGGUCAAUAAACGAGAGGACGAGCCACUUUCUGCCCGUUUCAUCCGAUGACCCUAGGAUCCCUCCCCUUGCUCUCUCUAUGCUGGAUCUAGUCAGCUGCCUAUGAUGUGAAACUCACCAUGUUAGAUUUCAUGUCGAUAUUAUCUUGAGCUGAAGGUUUCUUCUUUUCUGUCUGUUCUUAGCUUGUACAUAGAUGAUAUCCCCCUCUCUACCCCGAGGAGAGAAUUGCACGUACUGCCUUGCCAAUGUGAGGCUGCCCUUGACUUUAAGCUUAA